UCGUUUGUCAGCUCGCCUCAAAUUGUCCUGAAUUUCCGUGGUUUCCGUCUCACGACCGCGCACCGCCGCCAAAUUGUGUAUGUCUCUCUCUCUCUCCCUGAUCUUGUUUGUUAUUGUUGUGUGCGUGUGGUGACGCAACUAACUCUUUUGUAUAGUCCUCCAUGCAAUUAGUGCGGACGCCGCCGUGAACUCGUGAUCAUCCCAUUUGCGGCUGAUUCAUCCCCGAUCGACACAAACAAAGGGGCCGCAUGAGUGAGUUAGUGGGCGACUUUUUUCGCGACGCGUUCGCACGUGUUGUGAAAAAAAGAUUACUCUAAACACGUUGUCGGCGCCUGGCGAGUCAAACACGGAAAAAGGGGAUCUCCAAACUUAUACCGCAUAUAUAUUAUGACAAAACCACAAAACCUUAGACAAUAAUUUUUCGAAGUGAACAGAUAUCGAAAGGUGAAAAAAUGAGCUAAGAUUUUGUUCCAUCAUUUAAAGUUUAUUAAAUCAGAAGAAAAUUUAGGCUGCAUUUUAAUUUGACUAAUUUAAUAAUAUUAAUGUUCCAGUUGCGUCCAGCAAGGUAACUCUGAUGAGGCCUGGGACUGGCCGAAAUUACAAUAAAAACCAGUGCUUUUAUUAUUCGCCCGGCGUAUUUUUUUUAAUUAUUUCAAUACUGACAGCAAAAUCUUCCAUACAAAAUUACUUUUGAAUCUAAAAUCGAGAUACUUAAUCCUAUUUGAUAUCUUAAAAGAAUUGGAUGAGUUGGAAAAUUUCUUAUUAAGUUAUACUCCUCAGUCUUACGAAGAAUAGAAUUAGAUUAUCUUUUAUUUAGCUGUGUAUCUAUAUCGAUUUUCUAGAUUGUGACUAAUAACUUCAAAAAAAGUUUGGUAUAAUUAAAAUAAAUCAUAUUCUCUUUGAACACUUUACGUACGAAAUCUAGUUAACUUCUACAACGUUACAAACGUGUGGAGUUUUCUUUUUAAUUUUUAUUCAUCCUCACCUAGUUUUCCUUUUAUUUUUUUAUAUCUUAACUAAUUCAAUGAUUAUCUGCUGUCUAUUUUGUGAAGAUCUUCCUCUUGAUAUGUGAUUGUAGUUUAUAAACAGUUUUUCAUCUAUUUUAAAGUAAAGCUAACUGCAAUUUAGGUACAAUUUAGCACGCCAAAUAAAAUAUCAAACAAGUAUAAUUGAAAUUCUUAUUUUAGUAUUGUUGUAUUUUACACUCGUUUGAAAUUCGAUACCAACACCUAGUUGGAAGCACCGUAGAAAACGUGUUCUAGCUAUAUCCAGAACUGGAAGUAUCGGAAGUAUUUUCGAUCAUUUAGUCAUGUGUGCCAUUUUUAACGAAAAUGUCUCGGGAAUGUUUGGGGAUUUUAUAUAUUAUAAAAACAAACUAACCUAUACAAAUUCGAGAAGGCCAGACAGAUGAGCAGGUUAGACAGACGCUGUUACGGUAUUUCCAAACAGCCGGAUCAGUUGCAGUCAAAGAGUCCUUUCUAUUUUUACGCAGCGUCGGCGUCUGUGUCUCUUUUGCGAAAAGUCCAACCGCCCUCGCGACAGGGCCGAAAGAGUCUCACUCUGUCAGCGAAAAACCCCUUGGGCUAAAGGCAGAUGAAUCAUCGUCUGCAAAGGCAGCAGUCCAAGUGUUGGUGGGGGCGAAAGUCUCACCGCGCGCGAGCCGGCCGGCCACUCCAAUGCGAACUGCGAACAGAUCAGUCUGAAACAGCAUGCUGAUGGGGUUGGUGCUCGCCGCAGCCGUUCUCGUGCUCGUGUGCCCAGAGGCGGCGGCCGCCCCCGUGGAGGCCCGCGCCCGCUCGCUCAGGGUGCGAUACCCCCUGUGCCCCUACACCGUCCACCGCAUCAACCACAAACUCACCGGACUGAAGAAGAAACCCGUCCGGUGGCUCGAGGUCAAGUGCCAGGAACCGAACAAGGUCUUUGAGAUGCGCGGACUCGAGUUCACGUGCACGCAGCUCACCUACAGGGCGCAGAUAGGAGAUGCGAAAUUCAAAGUAGGAGCCGGCUGCGUGGCGCGGCUCAUGUCGGCCGGACAGCCUGCGGAGGUCGUGCGGCCCUCAGUGGAGGAGUCGUGAGCCUCCGCGGACGCGUUCGCGCUCGCGGACAAACCUUAGACUGCCGCGGAGAGGCUGUUGGACGGCUGCCCUGGACGGAGCAAAGAGGAAUGGUGACGACGGAUUCGAGCCGCUUGCACACCUUGGUGCAAUGUUUGUAGCUCGCGCUUACAACUUUCUCUCCUCUCGCGCCGGUUUAACGGAACGGCGACACACGUAGAUAGAAAAGCAGCCGACGAGGAUUUGGUUUUGCUACCUCAUGAUGUAAUCUCGAAACUAUUUGCGCGGGAUGUCAAGCGGAAUGCUUGAAUGUUUUAAUUGAUAUAUGUGUGAACGCGUCUGAGAUUAAAAAUGGACACGCUUAUUGACUAAAUAUGUAAAUAUGAAUGGUCCAUAUUCGCAGAAUAUGAGGACUUUUUUAUUUUCUCAAUGGAGUAAGUCUUUUAUCAUAUGGCUUGGAUAUAAGACAGUUUACUUUUUUUGUGCAUCAGAUCUACUGUUAGACUUCAAAUGACGAAGAAUCACGCAAAUUGUAGAAUUAUUCGUGUGCCAAAUUCAAAAUCAAAUGAAACGUAUUGAAAAUGGCAACAUUUUAAGUUCAUCCAAAUUUGACCUAAAAACUCCUUUUGACGCUGAAAUCGUGUAAAAGAAUUGCAACUGCUUCGGCAAGAAAAUUGAAUGAAAAUCAUCUUAUUUUGGCUUUUAAAAAAGUCUAAAUGGAACCAAAAACUGUGAAAGUAGAGGCGUUUUAAAUUCCCAGUCCUAGUGUUUAGGAUCGAAGCCUAAAAGUUGUUGUAACGAAGAGCCUUUUAAAGUGUACUUCCAGUUCCUAGCUGGUGAAUUUUGCUUACUAUACGCAUCUAUUUUGCAAAUAGACGCCCAAAACUGUUGCAAAAAAUGUUGACGCCACUAUGGAGCAAUAAGAAAUGGUGAUAUAUUUAUAUGUUACGUGCAUUUAAUAAUAUUAUCAAACUGUAUUUUCAACAGUUACACUCACUAGUUUGUAAUAAUUUAUUUCUGUAAUUUAUUGCAAUCAAUUUAAAAGUGCCAAAAAUAAAGUGCUUUAA